GGAGCCGCAGGGCGGGGCCCACGUGGAUGACAUGACGCGUGGCCACGCCCCCACCUUGGGACAGACCCGGAAGCGUCGGAGGCGCUCCUCGGGGAAGAUGGCGCCCUCGGGGCUGAAAGCGGUAGUGGGAGAAAAGAUUCUGAGCGGAGUCAUCCGAAGCGUCAAGAAGGAUGGGGAAUGGAAGGUGCUCAUUAUGGACCACCCAAGCAUGCGUAUCUUGUCAUCCUGCUGCAAAAUGUCAGACAUCCUGGCCGAGGGCAUCACCAUUGUCGAAGACAUCAACAAACGACGAGAACCUAUCCCCAGCCUGGAGGCCAUUUAUUUGCUGAGUCCCACAGAGAAGUCCAUUCAGGCCCUGAUCGCAGACUUCCGGGGGACCCCGACCUUUACCUACAAAGCAGCGCACGUCUUCUUCACCGACACCUGCCCUGAGGCUCUGUUCAGUGAGCUGGGCCGAUCUCGCCUGGCAAAGGUGGUGAAGACGCUGAAAGAGAUCCACCUUGCCUUCCUUCCCUACGAGGCCCAGGUGUUCUCCCUGGAUACCCCGCACAGCACCUACAACCUCUACUGCCCCUUCCGGGCAGGGGAGCGGGCACAGCAGCUUGAGGUGCUGGCUCAGCAGAUCGCCACACUGUGCGCCACGCUGCAGGAGUACCCGGCCAUCCGCUACCGCAAGGGCCCAGAGGACACGGCCCAGCUGGCCCACGCCGUCUUGGCCAAGCUGAACGCCUUCAAGGCAGACAAUCCCAGUCUGGGCGAGGGCCCUGAGAAAACCCGCUCACAGCUGCUGAUCGUGGACCGGGCGGCAGACCCCGUGUCGCCGCUGCUGCACGAGCUCACUUUCCAGGCCAUGGCCUAUGACCUCCUGGACAUUGAGCAGGACACGUACAGGUACGAGACCACGGGGCUGAGUGAGGCGCGGGAGAAGGCCGUGCUGCUGGACGAGGAUGACGAGCUGUGGGUGGAGCUUCGGCACAUGCACAUCGCCGAUGUUUCCAAGAGGGUCACGGAGCUUCUGAAGUCCUUCUGUGAGAGCAAGAGGAUGACCACCGACAAGGCCAACAUCAAAGACCUGUCCCACAUCCUGAAAAAGAUGCCGCAGUACCAGAAGGAGCUGAACAAGUAUUCCACACACCUGCAUUUAGCUGAAGACUGCAUGAAGCACUUCAAGGGCUCUGUGGAGAAGCUGUGUAGCGUGGAGCAGGACCUGGCUAUGGGCUCGGACGCAGAGGGCGAGAAGAUCAAGGACGCCAUGAAGCUGAUCGUCCCAGUGCUGCUGGACGCCACAGUGCCGCCCUAUGACAAGAUCCGGGUCCUGCUGCUCUACAUCCUUCUGCGGAACGGUGUGAGCGAGGAGAACCUGGCCAAGCUGAUCCAGCACGCCAACGUGCAGGCCUACAGCAGCCUCAUCCGCAACCUGGAGCAGCUGGGGACCGCCGUGACCAGCCCCGGGGGCUCGGGCGCCGCCAGCCGGCUGGAGCGCAGGGAGCGAACCGAGCCCACCUAUCAGCUGUCCCGCUGGACUCCGGUCAUCAAGGACAUCAUGGAGGUACCUGGGGCUGAGCCCCCACCCCAGCGCUCCCUGCAGGGCCUGGCACCCUCUCGGCUUCUCCUCCCACGGACCUUGGAUUCCUGGACUCGGUUGCCCCAGGGGGCAGGAGGCCUAGAUGCUGACCCUGUCCUGAGGCCCUCUGCUCCCCAGGACGCCGUGCAGGACCGGCUGGACCGCAAGCUGUGGCCCUUCGUGUCCGACCCCGCCCCCACGCCCAGCUCCCAGGCAGCUGUCAGCGCCCGUUUUGGCCACUGGCACAAGAACAAGGUGGGCGUGGAGGCUCGGGCGGGGCCCAGGCUCAUGGUGUACAUGGUGGGCGGCGUGGCCAUGUCGGAGAUGAGGGCCGCCUACGAGGUGACCAGGGCCACCGAGGGCAAGUGGGAGGUGUUCAUCGGCUCCUCACACAUCCUUACCCCGACCCGCUUCCUGGACGACCUCAAGACGUUGGACCAGAAGCUGGAAGACAUUCCCCUGCCCUGACCUGUCCCUGCCCUCUGCCCCGGGCCCCUGCAGAGAAAUAAACCCCUUCUCCCUGCCA